AUGUCUUCAUCAUCAUCAUCUAUGACACCAUUUACUCGUGGUCAUCACACGACAAAACGAUUUAAUAAUGCUGCUCGUUUUAAAAUGGCUACACAUUAUCCUAUAAUUACAACUCCUAUUGUACCUGCUUCGGAUAUAAAUAAUAAUAAUUCAAAUAAUCCAGGUGCUGUUUUUGCACAUUAUGAACAUGGACAUUCAGAUUCACUUUUGGAAAUUCUUAAUGAUCUUCGUUUGAGUAGACAAUUAUGUGAUAUAACUAUUAUUGUCGAUCAACAUGAAUAUCCGUGCCAUAAAGUAAGAUAA